AGUCAUUUGUGUGGGCGUGUUUCUGAGGAGAGGGGGUAUCCCAGAUUCGAGGAACUCCGCCGUCCCUUAUAACUUUGAUAAUGAAAGCCAACACAGAGAGACGUUUGUUGAGUUGAAGUAAGGAGGAAGCUCCACGAUACACCGAUCUGUUGCAUGACCUGCAGGUCUCAAUGGACUGGACUUUUGUUGUGGUUUUACAAGUCAUGUUUCAGACAUCUUUCUCAGCAGUCUUGUUCACUGUGGAGGCAGAGAGAAGCACAUAUCAGUCAGAGUUUGGAGGAGAUGUUGUAAUGGGCUGCAGGUUUCAGCCUAAACUGAUAAAUCCACGUGACAAACUGGAGGUGACCUGGCACAGGAUCAAGCACUCGCCUCGGAAAGUGUACCGGAUGGAUAACGGGACGGAGGACUUGGCGUUCCAGGAUCCGGACUAUCGGGGCAGAGUGAUGCUUCGCACUGAGGAGCUGAAGGACGGCUGGGCCAAGUUACAGGUCUCCAAGCUCAGGAUCAAUGACACUGGGACCUAUCAGUGUUUUGUGGCGACAGAAGAAGGAGCUGAUUAUAAAAUGAUAAUACUGUCCGUUAAAGCACCUUAUAAAGCAGUGACUAAACACAUUGAGAAGAUUGCAGAGGGAGAUGAGGUGCUGCUAACCUGCCAGUCUGAGGGAUAUCCUGAGACUUCGGUUAUGUGGCAGGAUGGACACCUGCGGAGCAUCAACGCCAAUACCACUUCUGUAUCAACACCUGACCAGCUUUUCAAAGUCACCAGUCAGAUACUCGUCCGAUCAUCAGACAAGAACAACUACACAUGUAACUUCACAAAUGAUGGCCACUCUGCAACAUUUCAUAUUCCAGAUGAAAUACCCAAUCCUCCUGUAAAAAAUGAUGCUCUCAUCGUUGUAUUGAGCAUAGGAGUAAUAAUGGUUGUCAUUACUGUUGCAGUGCUCAUAUAUCGACGACGAAAAGGGUUCAGCAAUUCCAGUACCAGGAAUCUUUUGGUUGACGGUCGAGACAGGUCUGUUUCUCCUGCUGCCUACCUACAAGUAAAUAAAGAAAAUGAGGAACAGAUAACUAUUAUUAAUGAAGGCUGCACGGAGGAAAAUCUGGAGGCGUUUGUGAAAGCCCAUUAUUCCGACUUCUCCUUCAGUGCAGAGACGAGAAGUCACUGGGACAGUUUCAGUGUGGAGGAGCUGCCUCACAGGUUGCAAAACAAUAAGGGCCAACCUGUGAAUCUUCAAGCUUUACUCCCAGAAGCCAGAGAGACGCUUUUUCUCGAGGGACCCCCAGGAAGCGGGAAGACAACUGUAGCCCACAUCCUGGUGUCUUCUUGGACAGAUGGACCCACACAUGCCCUCUCUAACCCUCUCGAUCUUGGCAUCCUCCGACUUCUCCUGUAUGUCGACUGCAGCAAAGUGAAGGGUGACUUGUUACAGGAAAUAAUGACUCAACUUGCUAUCACAGAAAAGAUAUCGACAGAGGAUGAGCUGAGAACUGUGUUAAGCGAGUCCAGCACGGCUCUGCUGUUGCUGGAUGGGUACAAAGAAGGGAACCAAUUGUUCGAUGAGUCCGUAAGUAGGUUUCUAAGCGAGAGAAGAGGAUGCAGGGUGCUGGUCUUGGCCUGCCCGGGACACUGCCCCAAGCUCAGGGACACAGUUGGGACGGGAGGAGUCCUGAAGCUCCACACACAAACUGUGAAGUAUUGAGGGCACAAACGUUUGUGACCAACAGAGACAUUCAGCACUUAUUACAUUUGAAUAAACUUUUGUAUGAUCCUAAUUUUUCACACACACUGUAAGGCCAGAUUUUGUAGAUGCCCAAAUAUGUGUUUAUGUACAUGCAAUAAAUACUGCUUAUGUGUUC